AGUAAAGCUGCAUAUCAAGUUCUUUGGUAUUUGUGUAACUUGGCAAAUGUCCCAGAAUGUGAACGACAUUCAAGUUAGCCACAAGGGCUCGGAAAGAGUUAAGAACCAGGCCAACACCCGAUCUCGCACCUCGCCUGUGGUCUAAACAACGAAGCCUGACUUGCUUGUUCCACGCGACUAUAAGGACUUCUUCGACAACUUUGUCUCAUUUUCGACGUGAACACCCCACAACUCCAACUUCGAUUAUAUCAAGCAACCUCAGAAGAACCUCCAGCGUCUCACUAUGGCCGCUGCCACCCUCAGUCACCGAUUGUCCAUGAUCUCUCUUACCAGCACCCAAGCAGGUCGUCGAGAGUUCACCCGUCUGGAAAAGCAAGCUGCUGCAGGCCAUCUCACUCAAGUUUGGUCUGAUCUCGAAGCCGAUCUCCCUAAGCCUCUGGAGCAUCGGUUCGUCGAUUUGAAGAAGCGUCUUGUCCCCCCGGAGCAAUAUGAAGCACUUCAAGCAAGCUGGGACCGUCUUCGCAUUGCCUUAAAGGAGAGAGCAGUUGAGAUCGAGGCCGCUGGACCUGACUAUAUCCCAACUGUUCUAUUCACCUCAAUUGGCCCGGACGGCACCUUCCCAGAGGAUAUUGCUAAGUUGAUCAAGUCUCGAGGAUGUUGUGUGAUCCGUGGUGUCGUCAGUCGUGAGCAAGCUCUGAAGUGGAAGUCUGACUUGAUGGACUAUGUCCGAAAGCACCCCCUUAUUGCUGGUCCCCCUUCUGCCCAGGACCCCCAAAUCUGGAAGACUUAUUGGACCAAGCCUCAACUUGAAGGUCGAACUCAUCCAGACAUGAUCAAGGCUCAGGUUGCUAUGAGCAAGCUGUACUCUUGUGAUGAAGAUACUGAGGUCGACGUUGGUAGUCAAGCCUUGUAUGCUGAUCGCUUCCGUAUCCGAUGGCCUGGUGAUUCGGGAACUCUCCCUUACCACCUUGACAAUGGUUCGAUUGAGCGUUGGGAGGAUGAGGAGAACAGCAAGACUUUCAGUGCUAUCUGGGAGGGACGCUGGGAGGAGUAUGAUGCUUUCGAUAUGAAUCAUCGUACAGAGGCUUGUGUCGACUUGUACGGCGGUCCGGGUGCUUGCUCUGUCUUCCGUAGUCUUCAAGGAUGGUUGAGCUUGGCUGACAAUGGCCCAAAGUGUGGCACCAUUGAACUUCUUCCUGAUAUCAAGCUCUCCACUGCUUAUAUCUUGCUCCGUCCCUUCUUCGAUGCCAACAACAAGCUUGACAUGGAGUCGACUUAUUUCUACGGUGCUGAUCCCGGAUUUGGUCAAGUUGUCAAGGACACUUGGCACCCUGACCUCCAGUUGAGCAAGACCGUCGUUGCCGCUCCCAAGGCUGCUCCUGGUGACUAUGUCUUCUGGCACUGUGAUAUGGUCCACAAGGUCGAAGAGAAGCAUGAAGGUACCAAGGACUCCUCCGUCAUGUACAUUCCCAUCGUUCCUCUCACUGCCUACAACAUCUCCAACCUGGUUGAACAACGUAAGGCUUUCAUCGAAGGCGUUCCACCACCGGACAUGAUUUCUCGUGAUGGAGAGGAGUUGGAGAAGGAGCACGAGGAUAGAGGUCUUGCUAAGGAUAUCUUGACUCUCGGGGGCAAGAGAAUCUUUGGUCUUGCACCUUUCGAUCUCACUGAGGAUGGUAUUACACGAGGCCAAAUUGAGGUUCGUCGCUUGGCUAAUGAGGCUUUGGGCUUCAAUGACCUGGCUACGUACGACCGUCAAUGAAUGGGGAUUGUACAGGCUUGCGAAGGACUUUGACAUGGGAACUGGUGGAAAAUACGUCUCGCGUUGCUUUUGAUGAACCGGCCGCGCUUCAGUUAUUGGCGUUACUCGUUUCUGGCCUCGUACGUCAG